AUGAAACAGCCUGAAAGGCCUAGAAAAUUGUUAUUGUCAAUAAAAGAUCACGAAUCUAAACGGUUUUCUCGACUUUUCCAUGGAUGGGGAAAACACAAAAUUCCUGCUGGGACUGAAGGAAAAUGAAGAAAAGAUGAAGAAAGGAUGGGUAUUUUUAAAAAAAUUAAAGAAUUUGUCCGUAAAAGAAAAUCCGCAAAA